AUGAGUUUAAAAACUUACAGCGAUAGUGAAUUUGACGUAAAAAUAAUCGUUGGAAAUGGACAAGAUACUAAAGAAUUUAAAGCACAUUCAACUAUUUUAAGUUCACGUUCUCUUUAUUUUCAAAUAGCUUUAUCCGAGCGAUGGAAUAACAAGGAACAUGGUUUUUAUGUUUUUAAAAAUCCAAAUAUUUAUCCAAAUACUUUUAAGAUUAUUCUUGAUUACAUUUAUAAAGAAGAAACUAAAUUACAAGCAUCUGCCGAAACUUGUUUAAAUUUACUGGCUGCAUGUGAUGAACUUGAACUUCUUGACCUUGCGGAAUGUGCACAAAAGCGCUUAAUUAAAGAACAUUCUUCUUGGUUAUUUUCGAAUCUUAUAACAUCACUUAAUUUUGUUUGUCAACAUGAUCAUUUCCAUAAAUUAUAUAAUCAUGUUUUAAAUUUUACUUGCAAAAAUCCUUAUUCACUUUUUGAUUCUAACCAAUUUUUAACAUUGGAUAAAUUGGCUCUGAUAUAUCCAUCAAAUCCAAUAUUAAGUAGAGUGAUUACAGAAAGAACUAAUAAGCCUAUCUGGAGCGAUAAAUAUCAUGGGAUUUGCUUUGGAGCUUUAGAUUUAAAUAUGAAUUUAGAUUGUUGGAGAUAUGCACAUAGGAAUUAUUAUAAUAGAAUAACUAAUUCGGGUCAUUUUACUGUUGAUGAAUAUGAAGUUUUUUCAAUUGAUAAUCAAAGAACAAGUGUAGUGCUAAAAAAAAUUCUGGAGUUUCUGGAGUUGAUAAAUAAAAAUGAAUUUUUACAAGCUAUAGCCAUGGCUUUAGCCUUAGUUGAACUAAGUUGA